GUUGGGGGGGGGUGUAAAAAUUUUGUCAGAUGACUGUUUUGCGACUGUUAAAUAUACACACGUUUUGCGACAUAGUUCAGAGGUCAGCAAUCAUGGCAGACGAUCCUGUCCGGACCUUGCUGGCAGUGAAUGCAGACCAGGCUGAUGAAGAUGACAGUGCUCUGGUUCUCAGUGAUGAUGAGGCUGAGUCAGACAAUGAGGGGCAGCACAGAAACCUGCUGGAUGCCAUCUCAUCACUGGACAAGAAAAGCAGAAUUAAAGGGAAGGUCAUCCAAAGGUCAGAGCCAAGUCUCCAGGUGUCUCCAUUUGACAUCUCCUCUGGUGAUAAUGGAGGAAGCCGUGUGCACCUUAACGAGCUGGUGGGGUCACUGCGGAACACCAACCAGUUCUCCAAGGUCAAGACUCAGAUCCGCAAGAUGCAAGGUCGCCAGAAGGUCAUUGAUGCUCCACUAGUCAAACCACAGGCAGAGAGGAUUGAACGCUCGCUUGCAUACAAAGCGACCAAGAAGGAAGUGUCUCGUUGGACCCCUAUUGUGCGGCAGAACAGACAAGCUGCACAGCUGGUCUUCCCACUACAGCAGGAACCCGUGUCUCUACCAACUACAGACAGUAUGGUCAAGUCAUUUAAGCCCAGUACCGACCUUGAACGUGAGAUCUUCGAGGUUCUACACGGCAGCAAGUUUGCGGAACGGCGAGACCACGAGCUGACAGAAGCGGAGGAGGAGGCACUGCGAGCGAUGAGUCUGGAUGAGGCGCUGUCUCGCAGAAAGGAGCUGCAGAAGAUGAGAGCACUGCAGUCGUACCACGCAGCAAAGUGUGCGCGGGAGAAAAAGAUCAAGAGCAAGAAGUAUCACCGUGUCAAGAAACGCUCGCGUCUCCAUGCAGAGAAACUCGCUAUCGAGGAGCUUCACAAGACAAACCCAGAACUGGCUCUGGAGGAGAUCCGGAAGGCGGAGAAGCUCCACGCCGAGGAGCGGGCCAGUCUGCGCCACAAGAACACGGGCAAGUGGGCACGCAGCAAGAUGGUCAUGGCCAAGUUUGAUGAUGAGGCUCGUCAGGCAGUCCAGGAACAGCUGGAGAAAAGCCGUGAGCUGACCAAUCAGAUCCGAGCUCUGCAGCAGGACAGCAGCAGUGAUGAUGAUCAGGAGGAGAGAGAGGAGGAGGAGAGUGAGGAGGCAGUUGUCAUGGAAAUGGGGGUUGAUGAUAAGAAUCCAUGGAUGCGGUCUGCCCUGAAGAUAAAUUCAAAAAGUGACCAAAAGGAUGAUCCACCUGUAGAAGAGAAACAACAGCUUAGAACAGAUGAGGAGGAAACAGAACAGGUAGAGGAAGUCACAAGUGGAGAAAAAGACACAAUAGAAGAGCAACCCCAACAAAAGCACAUAGAUGAAAAAGAAGAGCUGGAAGAAGUCAAGGUUGAAAAUGCAAGUACAAAGAAAAGAAGACGAAGGAACAAGAAAAAGAAGGAAGGAGAGAAUGAAGUAGAGGAGAAGGCAGACUGGUCUGAUGUUUUAAAAGAUGAGAAGAAAACUGGCAAGAAGAGAAAGAGAAGAAGGAAAAAGACAGAAGUGGAUGCCAAGAAAUCCCGACCAGAUGGAGGAGUGAUGGGGAGGACCACUGAUGAGGCUGGGGAGGUACAGGACUUUGAUGAUGAUGAGACAAUGUUGGAGGAAGGGCUGGAGAGGAGGAAAACACUGGAAGAAGUGGAGGCAGCCGCAAAAAUACCAGCAGAUGCAGAGACGCUCUCCACACAGCAGCCAAAAGUAGACCAAGCCACCAACCCCUCACUCCAGAAGCAGAGAGAGAUUGUGAAGGAAGUUCACAUCAACCCUGAGAAGUUCUUCACCAUCCAACCCUCCAAGCUCAAAUCCUCUGCUCCGACCUACCUCGAUGUGGAUGACAACAUCGACAUGAUAGAUUUUGACCAACAGAGGGAGAACAUUGAAGAAGCGUUCGCCAACGAUGAUGUGGUGACUGAGUUUGUGGAAGAGAAGAGGAAGGCAGAGGAAGCAGGGAAGCCAAAAGACAUUGACUUGUUCAUGCCGGGGUGGGGGAACUGGGGAGGAGUCGGGGUCAAGGUCAAUCGCAAGAAAAGAACAAGGUUCAUAAAGAGGGCUCCGCCCCCAAAGCCUCGGCAGGACUGGGGUCUGCACCAUGUUAUCAUCAACGAGGACAAGGAUGUGCACCUCAAAACUCACCAGGUGAGACAACUGCCCAAGGGUUUCGGGUCUAUCAGUGAGUUUGAGCGCUCCAUUCGAGCACCCCUGGGGAAGGACUGGAACACUCCAUCUGCCGUGGCCAAACUGACAGAACCCAAGGUGGUCACCCGAGCAGGCACCAUCAUAGAACCUAUCAGUGGAGAGGAGACGUUCAAAAAGAGUAAAGGGAAGAAAAUGGACUUAGAGGGGAUUAAUGAAGAGAGGGAAGGAGGGAAGAAAGAUAGGAGGAAUGGAGGAAAGAGAAAUAGCAAAAAGGGAGGCAGUGAAUAGAUUAAUACAAGUGUAAGAAUGCUGAAAUUUCCUACGAAAUUGAAUUUUCAUUAUGAAAACUAAGUAAAAAAACACAACUUUGAAAAAAAAGAUUAUUGAAAUCUUUUCCUAAUGGGUUGCUACCUAUGAGAUGACAAACAGGAGGAAUUGUUUGUAAAUAUGUUCAUGUAGACAUGUACAUGUAUCCCACUGAUAUUUAUCAGAUGGACCAAACAAUGGAAAUUAUUUAGAACACAGUACAGUGUAGAUAUAGAGACCCAUAUUUACAGCCACAGUAUCAAGUGAUAAUACAACAGAAAUGAAUAAAUGAAGAAUUCCAGUAUGA